AUGACUACCUCACCGCCAAGGCACUGUGCGGUGCAUUGUCUUCCCCACAACGGGUCCUUGUCCGAGGUGGCUGUGCGCGCAGCGCGUGUGAAAGAUUGGAAGCGAAUCGAUCGGAUCGUGUACGUCAAAACCUCAUCCGUGAUGGUCUGUUGGGGAUACGUAGUAAGUAGCUACGUCAGCCGCCAAUCGCUGCGGUUGGGCUCCGCUGAUGUUCUUGGCUGCCUCUUGGACGAUGCUGCCUUGAUCUUUUGCCGCAAGAAAAGCCUAAGCCACAAAUGGCCACGUCCAAUGCACAUCGACCCAACGGCGCAGCUUCAUCCCUUCCCGAUAAGCGAGCAAUAA